UACCGGCACACUUUUAGACGAGACCACCCGGACCAUAACAGGAACUGAGACCAUAGACUGUAAACAUUAACUGAGACAUGGCAUCGGUGUUCGGCGGAGUUGAGGGAGGAGGGACCCACUCCAAAGCAGUGCUGGUCGGAGCAGAUGGAAAGAUGCUGGCAGAGACAGAGGGGCCGUCCACAAACCACUGGUUGGUUGGGGUGGAUAAAUGCAUUGAGGCGAUCAAUGACAUGGUCCAGAGAGCAAAGAAGGAGGCAGGGCUGGACCCAAACACACCGCUCUACUCACUGGGCAUGUCUCUCAGCGGAGGGGAGCAGAAGGACGCCAUCGACAAACUGGUAGCUCAAAUGAAGGAGCGCUUCCCCUCUCUUAGCCAGAACUACUUCAUCACCACCGAUGCCAUUGGCGCCAUGGCGACCGCCAGUGACCGCGGAGGUGUAGUGUUGAUAUCAGGGACCGGCUCCAACUGCAAGUUAGUCAAUCCCGACGGCUCGCAGGUCGGCUGCGGAGGCUGGGGUCACAUGAUGGGCGAUGAAGGAUCCGCAUUCUGGAUCGCUCAUUCGGCGGUGAAGACGGUGUUUGACGCCAAAGACAACUUUGUGUCUCCACCUCACGAUGUGACACGCGUCAGAAAAGCCAUGGAGGAAUACUUCCAGGUGUCAGAUCUAAUGGGCAUGCUGCCACACCUCUACAGGAACUUCCAGAAGUCUCACUUUGCUGGUUUCUGCAAGAAAUUGGCAGAAGGUGCAGAAGCAGGGGAUGCGCUCUGUCAGUAUGUGUUCACUCAGGCAGGGAGAGUCCUUGCACAGCAUGUAGAAUCAGUGUUACCUGUAGCACACGAGUCUCUUUUGGGAGGCACCAUUGGUCUGCCGAUCCUGUGUGAAGGCUCAGUUUGGAAGAGCUGGGAGCUUCUGAGGCCGGGUUUCACCGAGGUGUUGGAUCAAGUGGCGUCUUCUGACAAAUUCAAGGGCCGUUUCCAUGGGUACAGCCUCCUGACUUUGCGGCAGUCUUCAGCGCUCGGCGGCGCGAGCCUGGGAGCUCAGAGUAUAGGCUCCUCCGUAACUAUGGACUACGAGGCCAACGCCAACAUCUUCUACCAACACACUUUCAACAGUAGACCGUGAAGGUCCAGAUGUGAACGCUGUCACAACCAAUCAAUCCCACACUAAAGGAACGCGCAUGAGAGGGUUUAUAAAU